AUGAAUAAAUUUUUAUCAAUUAUUUGUGUUAUCCUUUUUCUCUCGGCUACAUUAGCCAAGAAGUCAGCAACUGAACAAGCUGCUGAAACUGCUGCUGAACUGAAAGAUAAAGUUGUUGAAACAGUAAAAGAUGCAGCUAAUACGGCAUAUGAUACUAUUAAACCAAAAGUAGACGAUAGUACAGAAUAUUUGAAAGACAAAGCAGGAGAAGCCUAUAAAGCUGGAAGUAAACUUGCUGAUGAAUAUUCUGAUGUUGCAAAAGAAAAAUUAGCUAAAAUUGCUGAUGAUGUUAAAGCUUCAGCUCAAGAUUUUGCUUCUGAUGCAGCUAAAGCUAGUCAAGAAUAUGCUCAAGAAGGUUUGAAACAAGGUCAAAAAUUGAGUGAACAAGCUUUUGAAGUUGGAAAAGAUAAAGCUAAUGAAGCACUCAAAGCUGCGAAAAAAUCAGGUGCAGAGGCAUAUGAAGCCUCACUUGAAUAUGGUGCUGAUGGUGUUAAAAAAGGUCGAAAAUUGGCGGAGCAAACUGUUGAAUUAGGCAGAGAUAAAGCUAAUGAAGCUUUGAAAACAGGUCGACAUGCUGGCGAAGAUGCACUUGAAUCAGCUAAAGAAUAUGCUCAAGAAACGAAAAAACAAGGAAAGAAAAAAGCUGCAGAAACUGCUGAAGAAAAGAGUGAAGCAUUACAAAAAGCUAAAAGAAAAGCAACUGAAUUAUAA